CCAUCCUAUGUUUUCAAACAACAAGUACUUCCACCAUUAUACUUGUUUCUAACCACAUCUCCUCCAAAAAUCCUCAGCACACCCUUAAUUUUCUUCUAACCACACAAACACAAAACCCAUCUCUCUGCUGUAAUUUUCUCCAAUUCAAAACAAACCCUUUUGAUCAACGAACUUAUAUCUCCACCAGCAUCACCACCAUGCCUGCAAGACUCUCUGAUGCCUUCAAAUCCCACCCUCUCAAUCUCCAACUGAAGCACCCAGAUUUCAGCUCAUUGCAGGAGCUUCCAGACUCCUAUGCAUGGAGCCAAAACGAUGACCAGUACGCUUCUUCUCCGGGCUCAUUUGGGGCAGAGCAAGACUCUGUUCCAGUCAUUGAUCUCUCUGACCCCAAUGCCCUUAAGCUCACAGGCCAUGCAUGUCGAACUUGGGGUGUCUUCCAAGUCACCAACCAUGGCAUCCCGAGCAAGCUUCUUGACGACAUUGAAUCUGCUGGCAGAAGCCUUUUCUCUCUGCCGGUUCACCAGAAGCUCAAGGCCGCUCGAUCGCCGGACGGCAUUUCCGGCUAUGGCUUUGCUCGGAUAUCUUCGUUUUUUCAGAAGCUCAUGUGGUCUGAGGGCUUCACUAUUGUUGGCUCUCCACUUGACCAUUUUCGUCAACUUUGGCCCCAAGAUUACAACAAAUUCUGUAAUAUUAUUGAAGAAUAUGAGAAGGAGAUGAAAAGGCUUGCCGGGAGGCUGAUGUGGCUAAUGCUUGGCUCACUAGGCAUAUCCAUGGAAGAUGUCAAAUGGGCUGGGCCAAGAGGUGACUUCAGAGAUGCAUCCGCUGCCUUACAAUUGAAUUCGUACCCGGCUUGCCCGGACCCAGAUCGGGCCAUGGGUUUGGCAGCACAUACGGAUUCUACCCUCCUCACAAUCCUUUACCAAAACAACACUAGUGGCUUGCAAGUCCUCCGGGAGGGCACCGGGUGGGUCACGGUUCCGCCAUUGCCCGGUGCUCUCGUGGUCAACGUCGGUGAUCUUAUCCAUAUAUUAUCUAACGGGUUGUAUCCGAGUGUCCUUCACCGGGCAGUGGUGAACCGGAGCAGACACCGUUUAUCCAUCGCUUAUUUAUACGGACCCCCAGAUAGUGUCCAAAUCUCACCCCUUUCAAAAUUACUAGGCCCAAGUCAGCCUCCUCUCUACCGGCCAAUUACUUGGAAUGAGUACCUUGGCACAAAGGCAAAGCAUUUCAAUAAGGCACUUUCAUCUGUCCGCCUUUGUGCUCCUCUAAAUGCAUUAGUUGAUGUAAGUGAUCACAACAGCGUAAAAGUCGGGUAGAUAAAUAAAAUUUCCUUUUGCUACCAAAAAAUUCUAUGUAAAUACUCUUUUUGGUGUAAAAUUAUUUUGCAAUUGGCUGCCCAUGUUUUUGGGGACUCUAAUUCCUGGGAUCAUUC